AGAAUAGGAAACCACAAAACAUAAACAAAUUUGGAGAUUCUUUGGUCUAGCAAGAAAUGGUUAGUGAAAGUCUUGGUUUUGUCUGUUUUUGAUCAUUGCUUUCCAAUUUUGUUCCCAAAUGGAUUAAAUCUCUUCUCUUCUUUUAGAUAUGCUUCAUUUGGCUCAGGAGCUGAUACAAAUAUAGAAUCAGAAGGCUUUGUUGCCCAUGACAGAUACCUGGUCAGGAACCAAACUGAGACAAACUACAAGGUUUUAGAAAACAAAAGAAUCCUACCCAAUUUAUUCUUCCUUCUACUUCAAUGGCUUCUAGAGUGUAAAUGUUUUGCUGGGCCAUCCUUAUUUUUCUACAAGUUGAUUAAGAAGAGGAGUUUGUUUUCUGAUUUGGUUGUGCUGAGAUGGAGGUGAGUAUGAAUGUUUUUCCAAAGGUGUUGUGUGGGUGGAGUUGGGAGGAGAACAAGUUGUUUGAGCUUGCUUUGGCUGUGGUUGAUGAGCAAGACCCACAGCGCUGGGAAAUAGUUGCAGCCUUGGUUGGAGGGCAAAAGAGUGCAGAGGAUGUGCAUAAACAUUAUGUCAUUCUUUUGGAGGAUUUGAAGGUCAUAGAGUCUGGUAAUUUGGAUCACAAACUUGGUGGAGUUGGAGAGGCCCAGAAACACAAUUAUGUUCAAGUGGACUCUACUCAAUCCCUGUGCUGGACUGAUGAAAACAACAAGUAUUUUGCUGGUUCAGUUGAACUUGAACUGAUCUGUAUAUUGGAGGGCCAAUCGUUAUUUUCCAUUGAAGCUGCCUCGUUCAAGCACAUCUUCUUGUAGCAACAAAAUAGCUUGAAGUAAAGCUGCUGGUCAUAGCAAAUGUAAGAAUUUGAAAGCUUCUGUCAGCAUCUUGGAGAUAUCACCUUUCUCAUCUUGUAGUGAACAUGUUGUAAGUAAAUUAAUGUCAGAUAGACUGAUCCUAAGUUUCGCUCUCCGAUUCAUAAAUUCAAUGUCACUUGGCUGUUUAUCAUCUU